AUGCAGGCUCUCGCCGUCGUGGCUGCCUCCGCGCAAGGGACAGUUGGUGCCGUCGAGGAGGCCCCCGCCCCCCGGCCAAAGCGCCCCGCCUCCCCCACCAGCUCCGGCGACGACUCCGGCCGCCCCUCCCGCAAGCGUGUGGACCUCUUUCCCCGCAUCCCCCGCGCGGCCCGGUGCGGGGAGUGCGAGAACUGCCUGAACCCCCAGCGCAAGAAGGCCUGCAGCGCGGCAAGGGCCCGCCUGGCGGCGGCGACGCAGGAGGGCGGGGGCGGCGGUUUCAUCACCUCCCUGCAGACCAUCCUGGCCGGCAGCGGCGGCGUUGUGGCGGAGCGCCACGCCACCGCCCUCACCACCCUCCUCUCCCGCGCCGCCUCGCUGGCGCACCGCUCCGCCCUCCUCACCGUGCUCCAGCUCUCCUCCGACGAAGUCCUGGCGGCAGUAGUGCGCGGCGGCGGCGUCGGGCCCCUCGAGCGCUGGCUGGCGGAGGCCGUGGCCGGGGUCAAGCCGCGCGUCGUGGCCAAGCUCCUGGCGGCGCUGGCGCGCAUGCCUGUCUCCCUGACCGUGCUGCGGGCCGGCGAGCUGGGCAAGAGCGUGGGCAGGCUGCGCAAGCACCCGGGCUUCGAUGCCGGCGUGCAGGCUCAGGCCAAGGCGCUGGUGGCCUCCUGGAAGAUGAUGCCGGCCGUUCACGCCCCUGCGCCCCGACCUGCGCCGCCGGCGGCGCAGUCCAGGCCGCUGCCCAGCCUGGCACCGGCGGCCGCCCCCGUGCCGAAGGCGGAGCCCUCCAGGGAGGGCAGCCCACGUGCACCAGAGGCCACAGACCUGUUUGCCGAGGAGAUGGCGCAGCGUGCAGCGCCCGUCAAGAAGGCGCCACUGCGGGUGACGACCACCGUGCACGCCGCCACACCGGACGAUAGGGGUCCUUCCUCCCCGCCCUCGGCCACCGCGGCGGCGGCUGCAGGGGCCAGCGCCUCGGUGACCUCGACCUCCCGCGUCGGGUCCAGCCCCUUUGAUGCUCUGGACUCCCUGGGCAGCGUCAGCAGCCACACCUCGUCCUUCCUGGCGGGGGAGGAGUCGGCAGAGGCCGGCGAGGCGCUCGCGCGGCGCGAGCAGAGCCGCACGGCGCGCGCGCACUACCCGCGGGGCCUGCUGGACUGCCCGGCCUGCGCGGAGGAGCCGGGGGACGGCUGGUCGCGCGGGGAGUGGGAGGCGCGGCACCCGCCCCUCCGCAUCCCCCUGUCCGUGGAGGAGGCGGCCGCCGCGGCCGCCGCCACGCGGCAGGCGCCGCCCCAGCAGCAGCAGCCACCGCAGCUGGCCCCGUUUGGCGGCGCGCGGGAUCCUCCCAUCAGCCAGCGUGACACCUUCCAGAACAGGCCGCCGCAGCAGCAGCAGCACUACCAGGGCGGCGGCACCCCAGCGGGGCACCGCACGCCGCACGGCCAGCCGCCGCCACCGCCGGCGCCACCCCCGCCUCUCAACCUGAAUUUCGGGGCGCUGGACCAGCUGCUCCGUGGGAUGCGCAGCGGGCCGGCGCUGGACAGCGGGCCGCCGGCGCCGGGCGGCGCAAUACGGCAUGCCCCGGAGGGCCCUGCGCCCAUGGGCUUCCAGGGGCAGGGGUACGGCCAUGGCCCUCCCAACAUGCAAGCACACCCCCCGGCCGAAAACAGCCGAGGAUUUGCGCCGGCAGGGGCCUGGCCCCAGGGCCUCGUUCAGCCGACCCCGGGCCCGCCACCCCCCCGGCCGCCGAGCGAGCCGCUCAGUGGACGGCAGGCACACCGGCAGGGAGGCCACGGGCUGAAGCCGCUGCCCCACGUGCGCUGCAAGUUCUUCUUCGGUCCAAAGGGUUGCCGCCAGGGAGCAGACUGCCGCUUCUCGCACGUCCCAUAG